AUGCGUCACGGCGCUCAGCCUCACGGCGCCCCGGCGGGCGAUCACCGCCUGCAACAUCCCGAGAUGCCCACACGGAAGGUCUUCAACUGCAUCGUUGACGACACGGCACUGAUCGCCGGCGUGAAGAAGAGCACCAGGGAUGGCAUAAGGAAGUGGACUGAGAGCGGCGCCAUCCGCCUGUUUGUCCCACUACACUCGCUUGAGCAGCUCAAUCACUUGACGAAGGGCACCAGUCGCAUCAACGGCGAGGCGAGAGAAGCCGUCAAAUGGCUCGACGACGUUACGUCCACACCGCACAGCCAGCGCGUCCAGCUGCAGGGCGUGGAUGAGACCUACGGAACCUGGGAGGAAGUGGAGAAGCACCUCCAGCCGCAGAGCCUACUCGCGGGGGACAACAAUGAAGAAAACGGAGUGGACCGUCUCACAGACGAGCUCCACAGUAACCUCGAGCUUCAUGAACAAUCGGACAAAGCAUCUACAAGCUCCCACGAGAGCGACGCCCAAGGCACGAAGACUCCGAGCUCUCCGCGCUCUGCAUAUUCUUCUACAAGCCCCGGCCUGCUAAACGCCAGUCCGUACAAGGCUGCCAGCCGUACGUCGGUCGAAACGCCCGUCUCUCGCCCAUCGAGCCGCCCAGGUCGCAACGACGCUGAUAUCCAGCCUCACAAGGCCUUCGCGAACGCCACCCGCCAGGCUGUCCCGCCGCGCCUCCAGCCGCUCUUCAAUCACAUCAUUUGGCGUAUCAAUCAAGAUCAGAACCCAGACACCGCACUCGAUUCAUUCAUCUUCUUGACCAAUGACGCGAACAAGCAAGCAUUAGCGCAGAAAUUUGGCGUGAAGACAAAGCGCCUCGAGCAGGUCCGCGACGCUGUCGCUCGCGAGGAGAGAGAUUUCAAGAACAGACUUACGCUCUGGCGUAAAGAGACAGGUAUCACUACUCCAGUUGAGCCUACGACGGGGCGCCUCGAAGCUGUGCAGCCUCUCGCAGUUGAAGACGACGAGGAGUCAGAAGACGAAGACAUAGUCGUAUUCAAGCGACCUUUACGCGUACCAAGUGCACCGUCGUCGCCUGUUCCAGCCCCGGUGCUACCAGUCCAGCCAGUCAUCGACCCAAACCAGUUCAGCAGAGCGUCGCCGGUACCGCAGCCCGCAGCCGUGCAUCAAGUUCCUGCUGCGCCACGUGGCCGAGGUGGUAGACCUCUAGUUGCACCAAGGGGUGGACGGGGUGGCCUCGUGCCUCCGCCUGGCAGAUUCGUGCCAAACCCCCGACCACGGGUAGCGCCUGUGGAUUUGAACAGGCCGAUUGAUCCGGACUCUUUCGCUAGACCCUCACCAUUCAGAGGCGGCAUGAGGGGCGGGAGGCGGUCGCUGUGGAAUCCUACGACGUAG